ACGUGUGGAAAUCCGGACCCUAACCCGCAGAGAGAAGAGUCAAACGGGGGAGACGUCUGGGCGGAAUGCAUUUAUUUUUCAGUCUCUAGUUACCCAAUAUCUAUAUAACAAUUUACAUGAUUUGAGGCUUCAAGAACAUCUUACAGAGUUUCAGCUUUUCUGGCCCCAGAGACGGAACCGAAAAUGGAGCAAAUUCAGGCUGACCACGAGCUGUUUUUACAGGCCUUUGAAAAACCAACUCAAAUCUAUAGAUUCCUUCGCACAAGAAACCUGAUUGCGCCUGUUUUCUUGCACAGAUGUCUUACCUACAUGUCUCACAGAAACUCAAGAACAAAUAUGAAAAGGAAGGCAUUUAAAGUUGAUGACAUGCUGCUGAAAAUGGAGAAGAUGAAGGGAGAUGAAGAGUCACACAGCCUGCCUUCACACCUGCAACUAACUUUUACUGGAUUCUUCCAUAAGAUCGAAAAGCCAUCACUAAACUCAGAGAAUGAACAAAACUCAGUAUCUUUAGAGGUGCUUCUUGUCAAAGUCUGCCACAAGAAAAGGAAGGAUGUCAGCUGUCCGGUUAAGCAAGUGCCUACAGGUAGAAAGCAGGUGCCUUUGAACCCUGACUGCAGCCACACCAAGCCUGGCACCUUCCCCUCUCUUCUUGUGUCCAGCAACGAGUUUGAGCCCAGCAAUAGCCACAUGAUCAAGUCAUACUCGCUGCUGUUUAGGGUGUCGCGUCCUGGCCACAGGGACCCGAAUGGCCUCUCCAACGGGGAACCCAAUGAAAACAUUGAUGUUUUGGAGGAGCGUCCCAACAGAAAGAAGAAGAACUCUCACAAAGAAGAUGGAGGGACUACCUUCGUUGCACAGAUGACUGUCUUUGACAAGAACAGGUCCCAGUCUUUAUCUACUGAUAUGUGUCUACAGCUGCUGGAUGGGGAGUAUGAGGUCUCUAUGCAGGAGAUGGAGGAGUGUCCGGUUAGCAAGAAAAGAGCAACAUGGGAAACCAUCCUGGAUGGGAAAAGGCUGCCUCCAUUCGAGACAUUCUCUCAAGGACCCACGCUGCAGUUCACCCUGCGAUGGACGGGCGGUCCUGGUGAAAAAUCCACAGCUCCUGGGGCCAAGCCCCUGGCCACACGUAACUCGGACACAGGCACUCUGGACACUAAGAUGAGCACAUUUACACCCACUCCCACAGCUGUUAAAGACUCAGUCAUCACAAAUAUCCAGAUGAGAAAAGAACAGAUUUCAGUCGAACCCCAGCAGAAAUUGCGUGUGUUUUAUCAGUUCCUGUACAACAACAACAUGCGUCAGCAGACAGAGGCCCGCGACGACCUGCACUGCCCCUGGUGCACGCUGAACUGCCGCAAGCUCUACAGCCUGCUCAAACACCUCAAGCUGUCUCACAGCCGCUUCAUCUUCAACUACAUGCCUCACCCCAAGGGAGCCAGGAUAGAUGUGUCCGUUAAUGAGUGCUAUGAUGGCUCCUAUGUGGGAAACCCGCAGGACAUCCACAGCCAGCCGGGCUUUGCCUUCAGCCGCAAUGGUCCUGUGAAAAGGACUGCUGUCACACACAUUCUCGUAUGCAGGCCAAAGCGCACGAAGCCCAGCCUGUCGGAGUUCCUGGAGCCUGAGGAUGGAGAGCUGGAACAGCAGCGUACCUACAUGAGUGGCCACAACAGGCUCUACUUUCACAGCGACAGCUGCCUGCCGCUGCGGCCCCAGGAGAUGGAGGUGGACAGUGAGGACGAGCGGGACCCUGAGUGGCUCCAGGAAAAGACUGUCACACAAAUAGAAGAGUUCACCGACGUUAAUGAAGGCGAGAAGGAGGUGAUGAAGCUCUGGAAUCUUCAUGUUAUGAAGCAUGGAUUCAUAGCUGACAAUCAGAUGAAUCAGGCCUGCAUGCUGUUUGUGGAGAAGUGCGGACUCUACAUUAUUGAGAGGAAUCUGUGCCGGAACUUCCUUCUGCAUUUGAUCAGCAUGCAUGACUUCAACCUGGUCAGCAUCGCCACGAUAGACAAGGCCAUGGCACGCCUGCGUGAGAUUGAGGAGGAGCUGCACGUGCCUCAGGAGAAUGGAAGCUAGUCUCCCUGCACAGGCACACCAGAGUACGCCAAGUGGCUGAAGCUUGCCUGUUCUGCUCCCUCAGGUUAACUUUGGAGCUUCUUGAGGCUGAGCUGGUGGGCUGGUUGGCUGGCUGACUGAGGGGGUAAGGUUUGUGAUUGAACAUGCAGACAAAACCUGAGACACAUUCCAAAUGGACACUACUUCAUGUAUGCAAUGCUAAUGAAAGCUGUACUCUACAGCAUGAUGCUAGUUUUCUUCUUGAGAUUAGUUGAGUAAGAAAAGUCUUGAUACAUUUUUCUUAAGUACAUAUAUUGCCAUUAAGAUUCUACAAAAAAGUUGUAUCACUGAGUAAUGUAAAAAGUGCUUUAUUUGUCCUACUAUAGAUCCAUAUUGACCCCAUGAUUGUUUUUAUGCGUGAGUUAGCACUUGUGCAGGUCUGGGUGCCUGGAUGAAAAGAAAUGUACUUCCCCUUGUGAAAAAGUACAUACAUUGAAAAGUUUGCUGUUGGAGGGGGUGUGCUUGGAUUUGUAAUGGGAUUGGUUCAGUAAUGCCUGUUCUGAUGUUCACUGCUCCACAGGUAAGGAGAAAUGGGGAGAUUACUUGACAAAUACCCACUGUCCUCCUGUAUGCAAACAUAGUCUGGUCUUAGAAAUACCAGGAAAGACACCUGCUUGUCUUCCGCUAUGUGUGGGAACCUGGACUUAUGCAAAUAACUUUGUGUUUUUGUUCCUAACAAAUAGUUCAGUGCCUCAUUCUUUCGUCUGCUGUGGACUUUGUGCUCUAGUUUAUUGUUAAUGUACCAAAGGGUUCAUUUCUUCGCCGAUCAUGUACCAGCAUACUUCCAUUCCUUCUUUUCUAAGGCUGGGAAGAAGUUUUUGAUGUUUUAUACAAAACACACCUGUGCACUCUUGUUUGUACAUUUAUGUGAAUAUUUAUCUCCUGUUUGCCAUCACUAUCAUGUAGAUGGUGCUGUAAUUGUGGGUGUACUUUGGAUUCAUUCUGCUAGGUUUGUCUUAAAAUUUCUUUUGAGUGUUUGAGAUUGAAUCUCAGCUGGGUUUACAAGCCAAAAGGGGUGAUACCAGCAGCUUUUUUUAAUCCUGCUUAAAUUUAUUGUGGCUUUGUGUUGUAUGCUGGAAGAGACAAAUGAGAAAGCUUUUCUCAAACUUGCUUUAAUUUGCUAAAGCUCUGCACAUAGUGGAUGGCAGUAAUUCUGAGACUGGCUGAUUAUGCUUUUACUGCUUCGGGGGCAUUAUUUGCACAUUCUUGAUGGUCCAAAAAUGUCAACCAACAUUGUUUAAAAAUGAGUUUCAUAAUAAAGGAGUUGCAGUGUUUUUUGGCUGUGGUAUUUUGCCUUUAAAUGUUCCAAGAACAUUACAGCAUGUCAUCCUUAUUCUACUGUACUCAUUUUUAAGAAAUCCAUCAGCUGGACAAAAGCCCAUGAACUGAGUUGAGUUUGACCCAGUUUGAAGCACAAAUCUCUGUAUUAAAUAU